AUGGUGGAAGAGGGAAGACCAGUCGUUUUUCCAAUGAGCUCCUUCUCGGCUGAUAGCUCACUCAUCGGAGUUGUGGCUUCAAAUCACCAACAGAAGAAUGAGGGAGGAAGGAGAGAAACUGAAACAGGGGCGGCAGCCUUGGUUCGUCGGAUUCUUUCCUCACGAACACCCCCACCUGCUGUUGUUUUCCAUUCUUGCUUCUCCCUUCUCGAUCAGACGAGGAUCGAAGAACCUCCCUCGAUUUCCGCCUUCGCUCAAUUUCUGCUGGUGUUAUUGCUUUUAGGAUUGAUUGUCGGAGCAGGAGAGGGAAAAGGGGGGUUGUUGGUUGACAAACGUCUUAAUCGGAGAAGACUGUAA